AUGGUCAAUUCAAGUGCCCGUCUUUUAGACUCGGGGAACCUUAUGCUGCAGUACAAUGGAAAAACACUUUGGGAGAGCUUUAAGUACCCUUCAGACACAUUGCUACAGAAGAUGAGACUGAGGAUUAAAAAUAACACAGGUGAGAAGACUCUGUUGAAAUCAUGGAGAAGCCUUUCUGAUCCAUCUGUUGGAAUCUUCUCCGGUGGAAUUAACCCUCUAACGGCUGUACAAUUGGCUGGGUGGAAUGGCAGCAGUCUGUAUUGGCGCAGUGGUUCUGGGGAUGGUCGGAUUUUCAUUGGACUAGAAACUAUGAAUCGUAGUUAUCUCAAUCGCGUUACUUUUGAGUAUGACGAAGGAAGUGCGUCUAUGUAUUACAUUCAAGAUGACCGAACCUUGCACUUCCGUCUAAACCCAGAAGGAAAAAUAGUGAGGAUGGCGUGGAACAUGGAGAAGCAAGACUGGGCGGUCAGCUGGACGAGUCAAAAAACUGAGUGCGACCUUUAUGACAAGUGUAGCCAAUUUGGAAGUUGCAACUCAAACAAGUCCCCAGUGUGUAGCUGUUUGCCAGGGUUUAGGCCUGCUUACAAAGAGGAAUGGGGACAUGGGAACUUCAGUGGUGGCUGUGUGAGGAAGGCUCUUUUGUAUUGUGAGAGGAACGGGACUGGCAAGAAAGAUGGGUUCCGGAAGCUCACAGGAAUGAAAUUGCCAGAUUCACAAGACAUAUUGUCUGUUCCAGAAAUUGAGUGUGAAAACAAAUGCUUAAAGAAUUGUUCUUGCACAGCAUAUACAUAUUAUUUGGGCAUAGGUUGCAUGUUGUGGAGAGAACAUUUAGUUGACUUGCAGGAGUUUUCCAAACAGGGGGCGGAUCUUUACAUUCGUCUUGCAUCUUCCGAGCUUGGUAAUGCCUUCUGCUUUGACCGCAACUUCUGCUACGUGGUUACCUUAUUUAUUAAGCUAGUUGUCUUUCAAGUUUUAAUUACCAGAACAAGGCAACCCAACUGCAUUUAA